AAUCAGCAGAGGCUUUAUUAGGGAAGUUGGCUGGCAGUGAAACCACAAGCUGUCUCUCAAGAGCAAGGUUUGGCCUCAAGUGACUGGUUAAGGGGUCUUUUAAAGAGGAAAACCACAAACCAGGGGAGUGGGGAGGGGGUGAGUGGUUGCCAAGGAUACAUAAUAUAAGAAUAGUGAAACAUUACAGAGAAACCCACCCUAAAAGGUUAAUGGCCAUGGAAAUUACUUAGUACAAUCGUUCUCAGAAAUGUAGCUUUACCGCAUCACUGUGUCCUACCCUGCCAUUGCCAACUAUUUCAGAUUAACUAUCUUCACUUCUUCCGGCUAUAGCCCCACCCAGGUGGCUUGCAUCUUUGCCUUUCCCACCCAUAGGUGGGCCUACUGCCUGAGGCUUGAGGAAUGUAAUUCAUCCAGCAAGUGUCCUGGGGGGCCUGAAAUCUUAUUUUCAGUCCCACGUUCUGGGACCUGCAUUUUUCUGCCCAGGUCUAAGGGCAAAGAAAUCUACACAUAUUUCAUAAAAUGGCCUUUAUAAUUUUUCACUCUACAAGACAACUCUAACAUGUGUGGAGCUAACAACAAACUAUCCAUAACACCCAGGGAUCCUCCUGUCUCCACCUCCCAAGUGCUGGGGAUACAGGUGUGUGGGGCUGUCUGGCUUCUUUAUGUCUGGCGUUUUGGGGACUCUAACCCCAGGACCUCCUGCUUAUAGGGCAAGUACUUUAUCUAUUGAACCAUCUUCUUUCCAGCCCAGGAACUGAAUUUUUAAACGUAUGUUAAAAUACAAUUAAAAUUUCAAUAACCCCGCGUGACGGGUGGCAUUCAUAUUCGAUGUAGCUUUAUGCAGUUUUAAAGACAGCACUUAAGGCUUUUCAGCAUCUUUUCAGAAGCCUGUGUGCUCCAAGAAAGCUACCUCUGUCUUUGUUUCCUGUCCCUGCAUGUCUUCCCCGCCCCCCUUUUCUUUUUCUGUCCCUUCUGAUUUAGUCCCCCAGUGCCUGACUGGUUCCCUAUUCAGGGGAAGAGAAAGCAGAGGAGAGGGUGAGCCAGCUGGCUUUCCUGGAUCCUGUGGCCUGGGCAGUGCGAGGUCUUGGCACUCUGCUCUAAGCAUGGGUGUUAGCCAACCAAAUGCCAAGCGGCACAAACACGGAGUGACAUUUUCAGAACUAUUAAUAUUUCAUCAGAAGUGAUCACUUUCUCCUUUAAAUACACUAUCUUAAAAGGUUUUCUACAUUCUAAACUAUAAUUUUAUUCAGUCUAGGUCCUCGGAAUUUUCCCCAAAGGAGCACAUCUUCAAUUUCAUAAAUGAAAACCAAAAAGGAAUGAAGCUCGGCUUGCAAAACUCAGAGUCAACAUUUCCAGGAACUCGGCCCCUCGGUAAAGAGCAAAGCUACAGAGUGGGCACCUACAGUGGGCCAGGCGCUUUACAUACAGCGUGCCUACCGAGCGUGUGCCAGGAAUGUGAUGGGGCUCACUAUGUAGCUCAGGCUACCCCGGAACUUGAUAUCCUCCUGCCUCAGCCUCCUGAGUGCUGAGUGCUGGGAUUACUGGUGUGUGUCACCACACCCAGCUGAGAAAUCCCAGCUGCAUAAUCAGCUGCUUUGCUGGAACUCUUUGGCCCAUUUGUCAUCGCCACUACUGGCUAUUUAGGUUAGUAAUACACCUCCUGUCAGACUGUGGCUCCAUGAGGAGGAAGGAGGUACCCAGUCUUCCUCUAUCAUCCUGCUUUUUCAGUGCUGAGCAGGGUGCCUGGUACAGGAGGGUCCAUGAAUUCUAGAGGAAUGGGAAGAAACUCGAGUCACACAGCAAAGAAAUACAACCAUUGUGACUGGCUUCUCCAGACCAAGGCUAGCUGCCUCUACUGUUUCUCCGUCCAUGUCCCACUGGUUCUUCCCAGGGUGGAAAAAAGUAACCACUGCUUUGGGGGACCAGAGAAUGCCUGGCAAGGUCACUCUUUCUCAAAGGCGAAGCUUUUCUCUGCAGGGGGUAAGGGCGACUACGGAUCCCUAGUAAAAGGUCCUGCGAUUUGUUCCCCUACCUCCGCCUGCCGUCCUGUUCCAGUGUUGGGGCAGGCUUGGGAGCCAAGGGCAUUAGAUCAUGUCUAGUCUUGAGCUUUGAAUUCCAGCCUCGCUUCUUGAACUCAGGACACUACCACCUGUAACUUAAGAGACUCAGUUCCCUCCCAUCGUAUGUGCCGAAUAAAAAGUAGUACGAACAGGAUCAGGCUUAAGCUCUUGGCCUUCGGUGGUCCCGUGGGACGGCAGUUAGUAUUAAAACCAGCGGACAAAGGGGCAGGUCCCCCACCUCUACGCAACUUCUGAAGUAUGUAUGCAGUGGUGGGAUGGGGACAGUGUUUCACUCUGACUUACUUCUAAGUGGAAGCUCCCUGGAGUCUAGCCAGUUGCACCCCGCCCCCACUCCACCUGUGAGUCUUAGGGCCGAACGCCAGGCCCGUGCCCCCCAGCCCCCCCGCGCACCCAGCCGUUGCACUUGAACCCACUGAAAGAAUCCCAGCUCUCGACGGCAGGGGUGUGGGAGCUACUGACACGCAAAUCCGCUGACCCCGCCCAGGCCUGCCCUGCCCAAUUGGCGCCUUUUUAAGGGCUGGGACCCUCUGCGUUGCGGGUCGCAGCUCUAGGCAGGGGGCACGACAAGUGUCCGCUAAGGACCUGGGCCAGGCUGACUACCAGCACAACACCGUAUUGGAGAUUUCUUUUUAGGGAGGCAAAGCAGCAGUAACAGAGAGAGAGAGGCGGGGGACAGAAGCGGGGAGCCGGGAAAGCAAAAGCCAAGACCUGCAGUGGGCCGGGGCCGUUAGCCCUCCAGUGAACACCGGUUCUUUGGGAAGGCGGGAGGAGACAGUCCCAUGACCCUCACCCACACAGUCUACUACAGUGCCUGGCCCUUACCCUGCCCUUCUGGUAGCUUGGCAGGCAAGAAUGGGCUGAGUCCCAAGCCCUGAAAGGUGUCACAGGGGUGUCGCAACGGGGGAGCGCCGGGUUCUGUGGGGAGAGCCAGCCCUCCCCUCCAGUCCUUCCCAGAUGUCAUUCUGCCCGCCCUGGCGCUUGGUUCCUGAGUUCCGGGGCAUUCCACGGUUACUAAGUUACUGGUUUUUGUUGACUUUUAAAUAUUUUCUUCUACGGGAGAGGGGGAGGGGGGCAAAGGCCAGGAAAGAGCAAAUAAAAACAAGUCAACAUAAGCCCCCCUCCCCAAAAGAAAAUUGCCCUCUACUCCUCAUCCCCACCCAAACCAAGGGCCUCUGAAACCCAUCCCGUGGCUGGAGCAACAGCCAGCUAGAACUGACUACUUCCCAGGUCCAGUCUUCAGCUCCCUUUCUGGUGAAUGAGGGCUGAGGGAGGACAGUCCCUUUGUCUCCCAGCCCUGGGUGGACAGAGGGGCUUCCGGAAAGAGAGAAAGAGAAUGGCCAGUGGAAAUGGGCUCCCUCCAUCCUCAGCCCUGGUGGCCAAGCGUCCCUCCGCCCUGGGACCAUUCCCCAGAUAUGUCUGGAUCCACCAGGACACACCCCAGGAUAGCCUAGACAAGAUUUGCCAUGACAUCUGGAAGAGAGUUCAGGGCUUGCCAGAGUCCCUGCAGCCCAGGACCUCGCUGGAGAAGCUCUCUGCCCCCGUGACUGCUGCUGUCAGCUUCCAAGAAGAAGCUUUGGAACUGAGCGGUGGCAAGGAUGAGAUCUCCCUGCUGGUGGAGCAAGAGUUCUUGAGCCUCACUAAAGAACAUCUCAUCUUGGUCCAAGAGGGCUCUGGGGAGCUGGCGACACCUAUUGUUACUCCCCAGGGGACCCGGGAGCUGGCUCCCUGCUUUCUUGUGCCUCCUCUUGGGGCAGACAACACCGAGUAUGCCGGAUCGGCCAUAAUGGCUGGUGACAAGCUUCAGGAGCAGAAGCUGUCCAUGCCCAUCAUCGGUAGCAGGCAGGACUCGGAUUCUGCCAUGUCUACAGUCACCGGCAUCCUGCGAGCGGCCAAGAUCAAGAGUGUCAAGGGGACUAAGGACAAAGGCCUGGGUGCCUCUAAUUCAGAGAUCAGCAAGCUCCUGGCCCAGUUCCCACUGAAGUCGACUGAAAUGUCCAAGGCCCCAGACAACAAGAUGGUGUUGGAAGAGACCAAGGUCAUUAAGGACUUCCUGCAGAAUAGCAUGUUCAACGGCUCCGGACCCCGGGAGCCCAUGGGGCUGGGCCCGUUCCUGCUGCUGCCACCCCCACCUCCUCCCACACUCCCUGACAAGCUCCCUGAGUUCUCUCCUCCGAAGAGGCAGCUUCCAGUGUUUGCCAAGAUCUGCUCCAAGACUGAGGCUGACCCCGCUCUUGAGGGCCACCACUGGAUUGAACGAAGCCCUGGUACAAAAGAGCUGACCAAAAGUCGAGAGAGCCUCUUUCUCAACCAGUGGCCCCAGAACCGGAAGGACACGUGUGGUGAGGAGGGUCACAGUGACUCAGUGGGCACCAUCUCCAUGACUCUGCCAACCAAGAAGCCCGUGUGGCCAGCAGAGAAGAAUCUGCUCUAUGAGUUCUUUGGGGCCACCAAGAACCCUAGUGGGCAGCUGAGGCUUCGAACCAAAGUGGAUAUGGAUGGGCUGGAUCUGAAAUUUAACUCCCCUACAACAGUGCCCGAAAAGAACAUCAAGUAUGCUGGGAAUGUUUUUGCCCCACGCUUCACCACAGCCUUGACCUCGACUACCCUGAACCAGCCUCUCUGGCUCAAUCUGAAUUGUCCACCUCCACCGGUGUUUUCCAGUCACUCGACCUUCCCGCAGUAUCAGGGCCUGUAUCCUCAGCGGUCAACAAGGAUGCCCUACCAGCAGCCGGUACACCCACCACUGGGGUGCUACUCCCGACAGGUGACACCGUACAACCCACAGCAGAUGGGACAGCAAAUUUUCCGCUCUUCCUACACCCCCCUGAUGAGCUACAUCCCCUUCGUCCAGCCCAACUAUCCAUAUCCUCAGAGGACCCCCCAGAAGCUGCCUGCCAAUCCCCGAGACCCUCCCCCGAUGGCAGGAGAUGGGCCUCCAUACCUCUUCCCCCAGGGAUAUGGGUUCAACUCGGCGCCCAGUGGCCCCCUGAUGAACAGCCCCUAUUUUUCCUCCAGUGGAAAUGGCAUACGUUUUUAGACGUCUUUCUCUCUCUCCUCCACCUCUCUUUGCCCUUGGAUCAGGGCUAAAGGUUCUGGAAUUCUGGAUUCUGCAACAGCUUGGUGUGAAGUUUGGAAAGCCAAGGUUCCAACCAGGUAGCCGACAGAAAACAGCAAGACCAGAUUCCUCUACUGGCCAACACUCACCUGCAUAGCGCCCCCCUAAUGUGUAGUGCACACCACAGACGCACCCCCCAUUUGUAAGACCAUGCAGGCACCUGCAUUUAGCUAACAUGACUGGUUUUUGUUUUUGUUGUUGUUGGUAAGAUAGAAAGUAAGACACUUAAUUUAGAACGUUUGUAUUUUAUGAUAAAUCUAUGAGCUACUUCA